UCCUCCCGCCCCCCACCCCCGCAGCCGACUCCAGCCUGCUCAUUGGCCGUGUCUGCAGUGACGUCGUGGGGAUCGCAGACAAGAACCCUCAGCGCCCGGCGCGCGGGAGGUGUUGUCCAUCACUGGGGCUUUGUUACGUCGUCGCCUCCUCACCUGGCUGCGGGCGCGUCCUGGCAGCUGCAGCCUGGAGCCGGGUGCCAGCUGCUGCGGCCGCCGCCUCCGCCAUGGUGUCCCCGGUCACUGUGGUGAAGAGUGAGGGACCCAAGCUAGUGCCCUUCUUCAAAGCCACUUGUGUGUAUUUUGUGCUCUGGCUGCCCUCGUCCAGCCCGUCGUGGGUCAGCGCCCUCGUCAAGUGCCUGCCCAUCUUCUGCCUCUGGCUCUUCCUUCUGGCCCACGGCCUGGGAUUCCUGCUGGCCCACCCCAGUGCCACCCGCAUCUUUGUGGGGCUCAUCUUCUCUGCUCUAGGUGAUGCCUUCCUCAUCUGGCAGGACCAGGGCUACUUUGUGCACGGUCUGCUGAUGUUUGCUGUGACCCACAUGUUCUAUGCCUCGGCCUUUGGCAUGCGGCCACUGGCUCUUCGGACAGGUCUGGUGAUGGCAGUACUGUCGGGCCUGUGCUAUGCCCUCCUCUACCCAUGCCUCACGGGUGCCUUCACCUACCUGGUGGGGGUCUAUAUGGCCCUUAUCAGCUUCAUGGGCUGGCGGGCUGUGGCAGGGCUACAGCUGGUUGGGACUGCCUGGCGCUGGACUGAGCUGGCGGCGGGCAGUGGUGCACUGCUCUUUAUUGUCUCAGACCUGACCAUCGCCCUCAACAAGUUCUGCUUUCCUGUGCCCUACUCGCGGGCCCUCAUCAUGUCCACCUACUACGCCGCCCAGAUGCUCAUCGCCCUGUCAGCUGUCGAGAGCCGGGAGCCAGUGGAAGACUACAGACUGAGCAAGGCCAAAUGAGGGGCCAGGUGCUCGUCACCCCUCUCUGCUCCUGGCGCUGGGGUCCAGAACCUGGGAACCUGCAAGAGCUGGAUCAGGAUGGCUGAAGUACCAGCCUGGGGCAGCAGGUACCACCUGUGAAAUGCACAAGUUUGAGGGGAUAAGCAGCAAAAAGGAUCUUUCUAGCAAAGCUAGUGGUCCAGGACAAUGCUGAGAACUAAAAACAGCCAGCUUGAUGCUCCUUGCUGGAGCCAGAAGAAGAUAUCUCCCCACCUGUACCACCCCAUCCAGACUGUCAGAGCCCCUCUGGAGGGCCAUGGUGCUCAUCCUCUCAACCUCCCCUACUUCUACUAGGUGGAAGAGUCUAACUCGCCCACUUCCAGUCUUUCUGAUUUGCACAGAGUUGAGGGAGGAGGGGAGGAGUCUGUGCUGAGAUGACCCACGUCCAGGGCUUGAAGCCCCUUUCACAGGCCGCUAGUUGGGAAGAUUGGAUGGGGUGGAGUCUCCCUUUCCCACAUCUAUCCUUGUUACUUGAACAAUCUUAAUCUCUAAGUGUUGGGUGGGAAGGUGAAGGGGUGUCUAUCCAGGUAGGCAAGACUGGGGACUACUUUGGCCUGGGAGUUUGGGGUACCAAGGGUUCAAGUUGGUCCCAUCUCUCAAAGGCCAUCCCAGAACUCAGGCCCCACACCACCACCCUCAGACCCUAUCCCCAGGGCUAGGGUGAACCACGCCAAAGGAAGGGGCCAGCCUGUGUGUGCAUCUGUAUGUGAGUGUUUUGUGUGUAGUCUGUCUCCCAGCCUAUCUAUAUCUUACUCUGCCAGCUGUCUCUGACCUGCUGUGUGUCAAAGUCUUUUAGGGAGAGGGCCUCAGGGAGCUGCUGAGGGGUUGCUGAGCCUGGCUCAGAGAGCUGGGACGCCCCCCACAUACACACCCACUCUCAGGUCUUUCCUCCUUGCCCCUUCUGCACUGGGAGUGAGAGGAGGGGGCUCCAGUGACACUCUAGGGUCAUAAGACCCGAGGCACAUUCAAUGCAAGGGGAGCAAGGAUGGGACAACUCCAUCCUAUUGCUUGUGUGAAAAAAAAUAAAAAAUACCCAAGGGCCA